AUGGUCCAAAUCAAGUCGCCCGACUUCAAUUCAGCUACCGACGGCCCAAAGCAUUACUGGAAGAUCGACAAUCACCGUCAUAGCAUCGCGAAUUUACGUGGGAGGAAGCAUAUUGACCAGAACAUGGCGAACAUCGGCAUCAGCAAGUUUGUGUCUGAUAAGAUGACCACUGAACUGAUCGCAAGCAAAGUCUUCUCACACGCCACGACCGCGGUUUCCUCAACUAUCAGAAGUGUACCGUAUCAGAAUUGCGCCGCUUCUGCAAGUCUCGCGGACUUGACCCGCCAAGUCAAGCGCGCAAGUACGACCUCGUUGACACGCUCGAACAAGCAGACGACAUCGCCACGCUCGACCCCUUCGUAG